CAGCGCUCCUGAUAGUCCAAACAGUCAGUCGGUCUGUCAUGGGCAGACUGGACUGUUGGUCUGUUCGUUAUCGUCAGACCAGACGGACUGUUGGUCCGUACGUCGUCAUCAGAUCAGACUGCAGUCUGGACUGUAGUCUGGACUAUUAGUCUAAAUCACAACAUAUGACUUGUAGCCUUUGCUAUCAACGAUUCUACCUCCAAGCUCCCCUAUGUCAUCUCCACUGUGUCUGAUCCCCCACCGCUCUCAUCGCGCCCCAAUGCAUCAGAGUGGUUGGACCCAGCAGCCGCAUCGACAUAGCGACACUAGACUCUGCAAUUAGCUGACGGUAGUCCUCAUGAAGCAGAAAACUCACAUCUGAUGGGACUAUCAAGGCGCUGCUGUCCCAGGAACGUAGACAUUCUACGAGAUUUAAAGUUUCAGCGUCCAUAGCUCCUCGCUGAUCGGUUACCGUAAGUUUUUAUUUCGAGAAGAGUCGCUGUCCCAGAAGACAUGGCUGCAAUAGAAAGAAUGUCAAGGGCCAUCAAUGACAAGCUAGGGAAUCGUUUACGCUGGGCCAGCUCCAGCCACCAUUUCAGCGGGUCUGGCGUCAUCACAACAGGCUCACGGCAGUACACUUCGUACUUGUCAAGGGCGAGAGUGAGGGCGAGGAGAGGUACUUACGGUCGCAAUUGUGACGAGCCGCGUAUUGCUUCCUCUCGAGUUGGGCAGCCGCGUAUUGCUUUUGAAGAAGAGGAAGAAGAGGAAGAAGAGGAAGAAGAGGAAGAAGAGGAAGAAACAGAGCAGGAGCGUCAAGAAAAACUCAUUCGCGAAAUCGAAGGCCAAUACUGA